AUGCGAUCAGUUACAAGAUUAGUGGAUCCUGAUAAAGUAAUUGCUUUUGACAAAGUGACGAAGGAUUGUCAAGAUAACAAACCAGAAUUGAACAUCCUCAUCAAAUCUCUUGGUGAAUUGAACACCACUACAAAUCCAUUGUUUUCUUGGUUAAAAGAGAAACGAGAACCCAAGAAUAUUAUUAAGGAUUUCAAUUUACUUGCAAAAGCAAUUGAUAUGCACAAGAGUAAUGACAUAAUUUACUGUGCUUUUGUUAGAUUCGGUGGUGAAGUUCUAAGAUACAUUGGAACCACUACUGAUGAAAUAUCAAAGAGAUGGGAGUUUAAAUAUGACAAUAGCCAUAAAGUCCAAAUUGCAGCUGUACAUAAAAGAAGUGUGGCACUGAAGGCCAAAUCAAAAUUUAAGUCAGAGUUCUAUACCCAAACUAGAGCUUUUAGAUAUUUAAUUAUGGGAGUUGUUGAACCAGAAGAUAUUUUAGUUGUUUACACUCAUUAUAGUUCUGAGAUAUUUAAAACAAACCUUGUUGCACAUUUGGAAAACAACUAUAAUAACAAAGAAUCAAAAUAUAUUAGAGAAUCUCUGAACGGAGCUAUAAGUAUGAAAGACAAGACGUUGAAGAUCAAUGAAGUUGCAGAACAUAUGUUAAGCACGAGACUCACUUUGAACUCAAUGAAGACUAUAUUUUAUGUCCAAAGAAGGAUAAUGAAAAAUCCGCCAAGUUAUUACAAAAAAUUUGGCAACCACAUACCGCAUUUCUCAGUCAGAUCAAAUUUAGUGAUUUUAUUUGAGAUACUUGAAAAUCUACAUUGA